AUGUUUGAAGAAGCGACUACCGGUGUACUUGGAUGGCACCCAGGUGAACACUGGAUGCAAUCUAAACUCGACGUGGCCCAGGCCGUCAGGUUUGCGUAUACGGCGGUCAGAGACCACCUCCCGCUCCAGCAUCGCACAUUCCAUACAUCAAACAUCGCUUUUGUGCCUUUGACAACUCUUGAUUCUGAUGGCCGUCCAUGGGUCUCUCUGAUCGCUUCCAAGGAUGGAAAAGUCGGAUUCGUCCAGUCGCCGAGCGAAAUCGAGUUAAUUAUUAACGGAGACGUGUGGGAUGGAGAUCCCGCGAGAAAGAACCUGGAAAAAGGAAAAGGAAAACUCGUUGCAGGGUUAGGGAUUGAGUGGGCUACGAGACGAAGGAACAAGUUUGCAGGUGUAAUCAGAGAUGUAGAGUGGGAUGAGAACGGGAAGAUGAGGCUAGAUAUGAAGGUUACACAGACGCUUGGAAACUGUCCGAAAUACAUAAACGUCCGAACUGUCGGAUCAUCAAGUACUGCGCCCCACGUAGUAUACAAUAAAACAGACCUUGGACCAGAAGAACGACUACCGGAUGAACUAAUCGAUUUUAUUCAUCGAGCGGAUACUAUAUUUAUCGGAACUACGUACGUUGCCGAUCAGAAACAUGAAGAGACGUUUCCAUCGCAUGUGGGCACAAACCAUCGUGGUGGGCGGGCAGGGUUUGUAAGAGUUAGGAAAGACGGGUUGACAUUAGUUUUGCCUGAUUAUUCGGGCAACCGAUUCUACAAUUCUCUCGGAAACGUGCAUGCUACUCCACUUGCCGGCAUAACAAUCCUCGACUUUGUCACAGGGAACAUGCUCUACGUCACCGGGCGGGCGCAAAAUGUAUUCGACCAGUCGGCCAGGGAAAUUAUGGACCGCACAGAUUUGCUCACUUUAGUCACUACCACCGGGUACACGUUUGUCAAAAACGCAAUGCCAGUGCGCCAGAUACCCGGUACCCCGGUCGUUCCAAGCCCCUAUAGCCCCCCUGUGCGAUACCUUGUGGAAGAAAAGCCCAGUGCCAAGGUAGAUAGUGGAACGACACUUUUGUUAGAACGCAUACAAUUGCACUCUCCCGAUCUGGCCACAUUUUCGUUCGCCCCAUCUACGCCAGUCGAGGUCAAGCCCGGCCAGGCAGCCAUAAUCGAUAUGACAUCGUUUAUCGGGAAGAGAGAGUAUGCACAUAUGGCUCGGCAGGCCGGAGAAGAAAAGUUGCUCAAUGAUGACGGGAUCCGAACGUGGACGGUUUCAGGCCAGUCGCCUACGGGGGCCGUUCAAUUAACGAUCCGGGAGAAGCAGGGUGGAUAUGUGACGAGCCGGUUGUUUACGAUUGCGAAGAAGAUGGAACAGAUGAUGCCUGGGUUAUUGGAAGAUACUCGGCCGGUGGGGAUGCAGGUCUCGUUAGUCGGGGUCGAUGGUGACUUUAUAUUGCCGUUGGAAGGGAAGAAGCUAUUAUGGGUUGCUGGAGGCGUCGGAAUCACUCCGUUUUUGGCGAUGCUCAAGGGUACUGCACGAACCGAAGAGAAGUGGGAUGUAGUACUUGCAUUGGCAACACGGAGGGUCGAUGUUGAGGCCUUUGGUCGAUUGGUUUCGGAUGCACUGACCGAGGCCCACUCUGCAUCUCUCAACCUUCGAGUUGUGAUCUAUUCAAACGGGCUCCGAAGUGACUUUCCUGUAGAUUUCGGAACUUCUCCUGACGGUAGCAAAGUUCCCGUCACGAUCCGUAGCUCGAGAAUCACCAAGGAAGAUCUUGCAACUGAAGGCAUGGACGCCGAGGGACGAGAGGUGUAUGUAUGUGGGCCUCUCGAGAUGGAAGAGUUGGUAGUUUUAGGACUUCAAGAAGUUGGAAUUGAUCCAAGAUCCCAGACGAAGACAAGGGGCGUUUUGUCUGAUGAUUGGGAUUGUUUGGCUGUCAAUUGCGAGAUCGUGAAUUGGCAAUAUUACCCAGGGAUCACUUCAGUUCCAAAAGUAAGGCGCUCUAUACUCCUGCCAGCCUACCAUGGUGUUGAUUAUAUCAUAGAAUUCGAGGAUAUAUUGGAUAAAAUUGCUGAUACGAACAUGGUCGAUACAGAAUGGGAUGACCUUCGAGACAUGAUCAAAUAUAAGCUUGUCCAGAAUGCAUUGGAAUUUAUCAGCGAUGCAGAGCAAACAGCUGCGACAGCUCCUCCGCCUCCUUCCUCUGACGCCCCAUUUGUUCCAUUGACAGAUUCGUCCGACCUCAUGUCCACCGACGGUCCAUUACCACCUGAUGCACCACCCCCACCAUCCCCUUCUCCGCCAUAUCUUGUUUCUCCACUUGCAACGCUUGAUCUACAACCAUCAACGCCCAUGGGCCUUGUCAUUGCACCCUUCCCUGCGCGCCCUAACCUUGAGCUACACGGUGCCGGGUUGAAUGGGAAUGGCGCCGUAUGGGACACUAGCUCAGGUCGCGCUUUACCUGCCAAGUUGGACACAGAGGAGACCAAGGAAGAGCUCGGCCGAAUUUUUGCCUACCUUCAUGACUUUGAUUCAGCCCCACCAUUCACAGUGCAGAGGCUUGUCGAACUAGUCGUCAAACCUAGGGGACAUUACAAGAAUGUCGGAAAAUACCUUCGCGCACUGGAGCGCACCUUGCUAGUUACUAGCACACACAAGGACUACCCUCUCGACACUUACGCUUUGGAAGCACCGAAUGGCACUCAGCCGGCAAUUGGGCGAUCUGCCUCGUCCCGCGCAUCAACACCAGCUCCCCUAGAUAUAGCACGCUCCCCCUUAUUCACGCCAAUUCCCUUCUUGCACCGGCCCGCUCCUGGCAGCAACCACCGCAGUCUUUCAAGAAGUCCACCCCCAACGUCUCCUCGAGCUCCUCUUCCCGGGGACGCACCGGGCGAUGCAAAUAUGGCAGGAGUCCCCACCAUCACGCCCGAGGAUUCUAUCCCUGCCCUAGGUCUUGUCGACGAACUCGACGAUCCUCGGCCCGGACACCUGUCCGAUCAUCCUACGGCUCUGUCCUCAGUCACUCAGUUGCCUCCAGAAUCGUUGGGCGAUAGGUUUGUCUCUGUCGGACAAGCAACGGGUCAAGGUCAGCCCGAAACGGGUAAUGGCGCCGAGGGAGGUCUGAAUGUACCUCAGUCGAAUUCUGAGCCGGUACAACCACCGCCCCAAACGCAGCCGACGGUACGAGAAGCCGAGGGAUACGUUCGAGCUUCGAGCCCCGAGCCUUCUCCAACUAGGAUAUUGGCCGAAGAGGCAAGGGAGCACGGGUUGGAAGCUAUCGCAGGUGCCAAGCCGACCGAGGGCUCUCCAAAGAGCGAGGCCGCAAAAGACGCGGCCAAAGAAGAGCCUUUGGCAGGUACAACAGAGCAGGGGAGCGAAGACAAAAAAUCGGGAGAGCGGCAGAUGUCAGUGGACGAGCCAGAUGAGAACAAGGAGAAUGUUCCUUCUUGA